UGGUCCCGGAGAUCUUCCUCCCAUCCGAGGAUCAUGAGGAAGAACUGGUCAGCAACCUCCAUCACCACCUAUGAGACAUGUCAGACAUACGAGAGGCCGAUCGCGUUCACGGCCCGAUCUCGCCGCCUCUGGAUCAACUUCAAAUCCAACGAUGUAAACAGCGCUCGCGGCUUCCAGAUUUCCUACGUCACUUAUGACGAAGACUACGAGCAGCUGGUUGAAGACAUUGUAAGAGAUGGAAGACUUUACGCCUCUGAAAACCAUCAAGAAAUACUCAAGGUUAGUUUUGUGACUAGUGAAGUCUGA